CACGGUUCACUGUUCUCUUCAGAAAGUUAUUAUACCUCCGGUGUGCCGGUCCGCUUGUCCUCCAUUUUUACAAUUAAUUAUUAUUACAUGUCUCCUCUUUUAUUUGCUCAUCCUUUCAUUCUACUUUAACUCCAUCCACUAAACAGAUCAAUUGUAAGAUAGCAUUUCAUAAUGUCGAGCACAAAUGGGUCAAACCCCGUAAACUCCGCAGACAGGUCACAGCUCGAAGUAGCAGCACCUGCCCAACCUGCACCUGCCCAACCUGCACCUGUCCUUGCACCUACAUCCACAGAAGGAGAUACUAGCACAUCACGGGCACCUAAAUUCAACCUUGCACUUCCAAGUGCAUCGCAACCGGAUAUCAUCCGCGCCAACCAAAAAGAUGCCUAUUAUCAACAGAUCUUAAAGGAUCAAGUCAAGGAUGCUUUUCGAGAGAUAUUUGGAAACCGCACGCAACACAAAUACCAAACCGAAGUCGAAGUAUUCUCAGAUCUGUGCUAUUACUCUUUAACGACGCUUCUUGGAACACAGACUUUGGGCGAGGAAUAUUGCGAUAUUAUGCAGAUCAACAGUUCCACUGGUACUUUUCCUUCACUGGCUCGUCGAUCGGCUCUUAUCUUUUGGCACGUGCUUAUUCCAUACAUCUACUCCAAAGGGACUCAAGAGCUUCGAAGACGCACGCGACCUCAACAACAGCAGCAUCACCAAAGACACGUAGUAGGACAUCGCCUAGAUGCGACUUUACCAGAUUCAUCAGAGUUGGAAAAGAAGAAAGAACCAUCUGCUAUGAUGACCCGGCUCAAGACUGUACUUCACGAUUGGCUCCCAACUUUACAAAAUUUAUUCAAAACCCAUGGAUACUCAGCUCAUUUGGCAGUGUUUUACUUCUUUGGUGCAUACUACAGUUUUUCAAAGCGCAUUACUGGGAUCCGAUACAUCUUUAAUCGAAAGUUGUCACCUGGAGAGGAGCGAUCCGGUUAUGAAGUCCUGGGAGUCUUGAUUGUGAUCCAACUCGUGAUUCAGUUCUUCCAAUGGCGGAGACGAAUUGCUGCAGAAGCUCAAGAAAAAGCUGCAGCUGCAGCUCUUGCUUCAAAAAAUGCUACCGGCUCUACUGCUGCUACUGUACAAGCACAAAACCAAUUAGAAGAGGAAGAAGAAAAUGACGACUUCACACAGACAACAUCAGAGAUCAAUGUCCGGAAAUGUACACUAUGUCUCGACCCUCGGACAAAUACGACAGCAACUCCCUGUGGACAUUUGUUUUGUUGGACUUGUAUUCGUGAAUGGUGUCAAAACAAGCCUGAGUGUCCUUUAUGCCGUCAGCAUGUACAAUUGUCGGCGCUAUUGCCGAUCUACACCAAAUUAUAUUGAAUCAAGAAGCUUUGUUAAAUUGUUUCAUAUCCAUGGAAAAAAGAUAAUC